ACACGUUAAGAAGAGGACAUAUGAUGAUUUUGUUGAUGGACAAUCAGAAGAUGAUGUCUCAGUGGCUGUGAAAAAGACAAAUAAUACAGAUUUGCACGCAUAUCCAAAGCCUCCUGAAAUCCAGAAGAACAAAGCUUCUGCUACUAUUGAUCAAAACACUCCUAUGGAAUCCACCAUGGAUAAUGACGAGUUGACCUGGAGUAGACAGCUGCCAAAUUCAUCCUCAGAGGACGCUGAAAGUGAACAUGACAUUGGACAUGAGCAGUCAAAUUCUAGGAGGGAGCGUUCCAACUGCUCCAGUCAACGCUCAAGUUAUGGAAGUGAUGGAGGGCGCUCCACUUCUCUGGGCUCACCUCCUGGACAUUCCUUUCCCAGAAGUGGGCCGUUAAGCUUGAGGGAGCGCUCCAACUCCCCUGAUCGCGAGUCAAGUCAUGGAAGUGAUGUAGGAUGCUCCUCUUGUCAUUCUCAAUCAGCAGUGGGCUCAACUCCCAGAUGUUCAUCUUCAAGAUAUGGGCCGUCGAGCUCUAGAAGGGAGCAUCACACAUCUUCCAAUCGCCGAACAAGUCAUGGAAGUGCUAAACAUGCCAACCCACGACACUCAACAUCAGGACAUGAAACGCCAAGAGCUCCAACUGACAACAGCGUGGAUAUAUUUCCAAUGCCCACGGCCAAAUUCCAGAAAUGUGUUCUCAAGAAGCUUGUGGAGCUGACAGAGGAGGUAAAGCGCAUUGGGUGUGCAGAACCCAGUGCUUCAACUUACCAUGUUCGAAGAAUGGAGAACAUGGAGCAAGUUGAUAAGUUGGAUGAACUUCAAAAUAAUGAAGCAAGAGAUCUUCUGAUUUCCCAGUUAAGUAGGGUUGGAGGUAAAAACACGAGGGACUGCACAACAAAGAUUUUGGACAGGAUGAUGACAAACUCCCUCAUGUCCCAAUUCAACAUGAAAGGCCAUGGUUCCAAAAGGGCAUUCCAACCGACAGCCCUUUACACCAUUAUAACCGCUGCUGUCAAAAAGUGGGACAGCAAAGCCACAGACCACGAAAUUAAACAUGGAAUGGCAGAACAUUUCAAACAUGCUCCUGGGCGGUCUGGUGGCGGAGGCUAUGUUCAAAGAAACAAAGCAGUGCAACACUGAGGAGGGAAAAAGGGAUUGUUACCGAGUUCAUCAGUCCACAUCAGUUUUGUUGUGUUUUGUGGCAGAUUUUGCAAAUAUAUGAAAGAAGUUCAGUCCAUGUGAGAACAAUAAAUGUUUUAUUGGUA